GUCCAACGAUUCAGUUGUUCGAAAUCCUCUUUGUAGUAAACACCUUAGAUUUUAAAAACACCUUUAAAAACAAAAAAUGCGUGUGGCCGUUAUUGGUGGCGGUAUAAACGGCAUUUGUAGCGCCAUAAAGAUUUUGGAGUAUUUGAAGGCAAGUGGUUCACCAGUGGAGGUAACAGUAAUCUCAGAAGCAUUUUCACCUAAUACCACCGGCGAUGGUUCAGCUGGCCUAUGGGGUCCUUAUCUGCUCGGUGGCACCCCCACCAACAGAGUACAUCGCUGGUCGAAGAGUAUGCAUGAAUUUCUAGAGCAAAUCUGGUUAUCUGAUGAUGCUGGUGAGGCAGGCGUUUGUCUUAUACCCUGCAUUAGAUUGACGACUACCACGAUGGAUAAUGAUGUAUUUUGGAAGGAUAUUGUUUAUGGUUGUCAAUCGCUGACACCGAGGCAGUUGGAUGAGCUGAACAAAGGAAGAUCAAAGAAGUAUACGUAAGUCAAAAAACAGUAGUGACAGUUUGGGAAAUGAUGUAUGAAGCGCAGUCUUAAAAAUUCCAUCAGUCAGCAAAAUGUUUAAAGGACAUUAGCUACCUUUUUUAUUUGCAGAAAAUUUAUUAAAAACCUUGAAAAAUGAAGGAUCUUCGGAAGUUAGUAGUAAUCUGAGAGCUAACUUUCGACAAAAAAUUUACCGUUAACAUCUUUAUACGUAAUUUCUAAAGCUACACAAAGUGUGGAAAAUUGUGUUAAAACCGAAAAUCUCCAGAAAGAGAACGAAUGCGAACUAAAGGUAUAGCUAUAAUUAGGAAAAAAAAUUGUCUUGUUUGAUAAAAAACUGUUUGGGCCUUAAAAUUACCUUCCAAAUAGAGGUUUUAAAAUUUUUUCCUUUUUCGGAAUCUUUUAAACAUAUAUUUUAAAUUUUCGGAAUCUAUUUCCAAGGACACAAGAACAGAUUUUUCUUAAUAAAAUCAUUACAUUCAGGUAAAAAGGAAACAUGUUCAGAAAA